GAAGCAGUGGGCAAGAAGGACUACAUGCUGAAGAAUUAACAAUGAAUUUUCUCUGUUUUUGGCUCUCUGCAUUCAUGUCAGUUUCAGUGCGGGGUCAUAUGGUUUCUAAUAAGGGUUGGUCAAUGACAAUCGCAGAUGAUGUGAGGGCUGAGGAAGGAAGCUUCACUGUCUUACCCUGCAGCUUCACCCACCCUGACACUCACCUCACACUCACCGGCUCUGUCAUAUGGAAAAAAUUUAAAAAAGGUGAAAUCUUUAAGUGUCCAUAUCCCGGUCCAGACCAUUCCCAGGGUGAGCUGUGUGAGAAUGUGAGACAGCGGGACGGUGGGAAUCGAUUCAGAUUUGUGGGGAACUUCAGCAACAACGAUCUCUCAAUAAUGAUGGAGGGACUGAGCCAGGAGGAUGCUGGUUCCUAUCGGUGUCGUGUGGAGCUCAAUAUUGGCAAGUUUGGAACUCGGAGAGGAACAGGUCUGGAAGUGGAAGCUACUCAGGGAAAUGUCUCAGUGGUGACUGGGACAGAGGGAGAUUCAGUUACUUUACCCUGUAUCUUCAGGAGCUGGGACUCCCACACCCUGACCACUGUUACUUGGAUGAGGAAGGAGCCCUACCAACACAUCGUUACAUUUACAGCCCAAUCACAGGGAACUUGGACAACUGGACACGGUGGAAAUCGGUACGAGCUCAUUGGGAACCCAGACGAGGGAAACGCCUCGACCAGGAUAAACCAGCUGAGUGUGAGGGACAAUCACACUUACCUGUGUCUGGUGGAAUACAGGUCAAAACCUGAUUCUCAGUAUCUGAUCCAGAAAGAGACUCAGCUACAGAUCAUACCUGUGAAGGAGCCUGAGCCCACCAUUGUGAUAUGUCAACUGAUCAUCUCACUCCUCAGCCUCCUGUUCAUCUUCUUCAUCCUUAUCAUCAUGUUCAUCAUCUACAGGAAGAAAGGAGGGUACACACAGAAAAUAGAGCACACCACAUCGUUGAAAAGGUAG